CCGGGAAAUGAGAAACCCUAGGCCAGACCCACAAUGGGGCGGCCGCUUGGUGAGGGACAGGGCCCGAAAUAUUCGGGACUGACCUCCCACAAAAAGUUUCGGUGGAGUUGCUCAUCCAGAUUUUAUCACGGAUUCACAGAACGGUAGAUUGAUAUAUUAUUAAUCGCCUCUAUCUUCCAGCUGACUGUAUUGUGACAUUCAGUUACGUUUGAUUUCAUUCACUCUUGUUUCCCAGGAGGGUAAAUGUCGGCUUUCGUUUGAAUAGUAAGGAACGAAAGGACAUUAUUGAAAACUAUCUUAAAUAUAAACAAAAAAUUAAACAAGUUGAAACAGAAUUACAUAAUUAUUUAUUGAAUUCAAAGUUAUUGGAUGUGGAAUUAAAGACACUUAUGGAGAAUGACAAUAUCCUUCAAUUAAAAAGAAUCACUUCAUGUUCAGGAUGACUAACAGUAAACUAGAAAAUUCAUCAGAUGGCAGUACAUUAUAGUGCCUCAUUACUAUCUACAGAUAAUGAAUUACGAAAUAAAAUAACAAGAAUAAAUGAAAAUAUCAAGAUUCUUUCUGAAUGGUUACCAGUAACUCUAAACUCUUUUACUGUUAUUGAAGCUGCAAAGAAUAAAGCAUCUUUAAUUUCAAAAAUAAAACUGAAUAUUGAUUUGUUAAAGCUUCAAGAAAAAAAUAUAAUAAAUAGACUUACUAUUGAAGAAAAGUUGUUGUACAAAGAAUUAUUAGAUUUGGAUAAAAAAUUUGAUUCCUGGAAAAUAAAUAGUAAUAUCAGAAAUAGUAACAAAGUGAUAAAUUAUAAAGCUUCAUUUUUUAAUAAUAGACUUACAGAUUUUCCACCAGAACUUACAGAAUUUGAGGAAUUUAUUAUGUGCUCUGGACCAACAGGUGGAUGGGAAGAGUAUGAUCAUAAACUUUUCUUGAAGUAUAGAAAUAAAUUUCAGACACAGGAUAUAUUUUUAAAGCAGUUAUCUAAACAUAUUAUUGGAAAAUCAUAUGAAAAUAUUGAAGAACAUGAAAAGUGGUAUAAAGAAUAUCUUGAAAAGAAACAGAAAAAACAGACGGCAAUUUUAAACUGGAAAAUUGAGAAAGAAAAAGAACAAACAAAAAAGUUUAUAUAUGAAAAAGAAAAAAAAUUAGUAGGGAUGAAAAAUAAUUUAAAUGAUGAAAUGAUAAGAACCAAGAAGUUAAAAGCUAUUGCACUUUGGAAGUUAAGAAAGGAAGAACAACAAAAAAAUAAUGAAAAGAAUCAAAAACAGUUAGCACUUCAAGAAAAUAAACUAAAAGAAAAAAAGAAAAAGGAACAAAUUUCGGUAACUGGAAGAACAGAUCCUAGCCGUAUAUUUCAAUGUACAACUUCAUGGAAAGAAAAAUUAAAAAAAGACUUGACUCAUAUUCCAGUUUUAUCAUACACUAUUCAGCACAAGGCAAUACCUGAAUGGAGGAAAAAUAUUAAUGCUGAAAAAGUUUUUCAUAAAUUGCCCUGCUGAUUUUAUUCUAAGUGUAUUUAAACAUUUAAACAAUACAAUGUCUUCUUAUUUUGUUGUUAUUUAAGAUAAUGAUUAAAAAUUCUAUAUGUAUA